AUGGUGAGACGGCUGGCCCAGCUGGCGGCACUGCUUGUCGUGCUGACCCUGCAAUGCCUCCACACAGAAGCGAUAGAGGUUUACCUCACCGUGCGGCCCAAAAAAGUGAAAUGCUUAAAGGAGCGAAUUAAUAAGGACACACUUGUGGUGGCGAAAUUCAAAACAGACAACAAAAAUUCACCCAUAUCUAUAUUCAUCUACGACGCAGACAUAUACGAAAAAUCCUUCAACUUCCAAAAAAAGUUACCACUCUUUGAAACGAUUAAUGAGCAUGAUAUUAAGACGGCCUUCACAACAUUCUACACAACUUCCUACUCCUUCUGUGCAUAUAACAGUACCAAUAAAGUUAUGGAUGUGCUUUUUGAAAUAAAGCAUGGCACAGAAGCAAGGGAUUAUGCGCAAAUAGCCAAGACGGAACACCUGAAUGAAGCCACCAUAUACUUAAAGCAAAUAGUUGACCAGAUGAGUAACUUCCACUUGAAUUUGAAAAGAAUUAAAGCAUCGGAGGAGAAUGAAAAGAAGUCCAGUGAUAAGCUCAAUGACACCCUCAUGUGGUUUUCCCUCAUGAAUAUUCUAAUUAUUAUUGUUGCCGCGAUUAUUCAGGAUUUCUACUUCAAGCGGUUCUUCACAUCGAAGAAGAUUAUAUGA